AUGAGUAACUCUUUUUUCGCUCGCUUCUCUGACCCGCGAUACAAGAGCAAGGCCCACAUCGGACAGAUUAUCAUGAUUGUGCUGGUCAUGGCUCUCGCUAUUGGGAAAAUUGCAACCAGACCGAGCUACAUCCCGAUGAACCGUCUCGAUUUGGUUGGAAUCAGCAUGAGCGGCAAAACCAUUCUUGUUCUCGCUUACCAGCAUUUAACCGAGCACAAACCUCGCUUUCAAAGAUGGGGGAGCCCACUGGCUUACGCCAUUAUCAACACCCUCGAGGUAGUGAUGUGGUGUGCAGUUCCUGUCGUGACGCUGUGGGGUCUUUCCAUGGUUUGUAUCGGCAUCAGCUGCACCAUAGGCUGGUUCAUCGUUCUAGCCAGUGUUAUCAUGGCGUAA